CUGUCUGUCGUCACAGCAGGAGCAGCAGCAGCAGCAGGAGGAGCAGGAGCAGGAGGAGCAGCAGGGGGCAGCGGCAGCUCUUCACACCCACACAUGGAUCAACCAGGAGGAGACAGUGGUUCAGUUCUGCAAUGUUAUCAUCAGACGAGUGUGUGAAAACCAGUACAUGGAACUACUUUUUAAACCAUCUGUAAAAAGAUAUGCAUGCAGUCAGCCUGACAGUGGCUGCCAUGGGGAGGCGACCGAAAGGACAACAGAAUCCAGAUAAAUUAGAUAAGUGGAUUGACUGACAGAUUAUAGCUCUUCCUCAGUGGUGCCUCAGAAGAAAACCACAUAUAUUACGCAGAGAAUAAGGAUACACACGGAACAACAGGUCACCAUGUCCAUCGGCAAAGCCAACGUUAGAGAGACAAGAUUUUUAUUCACUGACAAACAAGCCUCAACUCACGAGACUCUUUGUGGAGUUCUCACUCCUGACCCUACAAAUUCAGGAGUGAGAGAUAGUCAUAUACGGUACGUUACUGUCACAUCCCUGACACUUACCAAACACAUGUAGAUCAGUGAUUGUUGCCCCAGUCAUCCUGCAAAAAAACAGAUUUGCACAUUACCAGGUAUCUACAAACAUGAACACAUUUUUAAUCUAAAUGAUUUCGAUUACCAUUUUCAGAAUCGGGCCUUCAGGAAAAGAGGAGGUUCAUGGAUGUUAUGAAGGAGGACAAGAGACAGGCAGAUGAACGGAGAAGCUGAAAAAGAGGGAGAAGAUUUAAAUGACCAUUUUGGGCAUAACUGAGAAGGCUAUAGUACUGGUAGCCAUGCUGACCAGCUUUAUGGAAGGUCUUCUCUGCUGCAUGACCUCAAAGUCUGCCAACGUUGUGGUUCCCGUAGAAACCUCCGAACCUGCUGAUGGCUAUGAGUUUGUGGAGGUCAAACCAGGACGCGUCCUGAGGGUUCGACACAUCGUUCCUGACCGGCCAGUAGUGGAGGAACCCACUGCGCAGGGCGGGAGUAUCAGCUGCAAAAGAAAGAUCACAGUAUAUCGGAAUGGACAAUUAUACAUUGAGAACUUGAGUGACACGGCGGACGCAAAGUUGAAAACCUGCCAGAAUGGAAAGAAAGAACCUAACACUACUGUAGAGGCUGAACUUGCAGACCACACUAACUCCCCUCCAGCUGUCAGCACCCAUGAGCCUAGGUCAGACUCUGUCACAGCUGCAAACAGCGGGGCACCUGAAACAGAAGGAGAAGGAGGGACGCCUGCCGAUGGACAGACUGACCAGAUCCAGCAACCCAGGAAGCGCAGGCGGAAGCCCAAGCGCACGGUGGUGAUCGACUGUGAGAGGAAGAUACUGGCCUGUAAAGGGACACAUCCGGACGUGGCUCUGUUCUUCAUCCAUGGAGUAGGAGGUUCGUUGGACAUCUGGGGGAGUCAGUUGGACUUCUUUUCACAGCUUGGCUACGAGGUGAUUGCUCUUGACCUGGCAGGUCACGGAGCCAGCUCAGCACCGCGGAUAGCUGCUGCGUACACGUUCUAUGCCCUGGCUGAGGACAUUAGACUACUCUUCAAGAGAUAUGCACGCAAGAGGAAUAUUCUCAUAGGACAUUCAUAUGGCGUGUCCUUCUGUACAUUUCUGGCCCACGAGUAUCCAGACCAGAUCCACAAAAUGGUGAUGAUCAACGGAGGAGGCCCCACAGCUUUGGAACCAAGUCUGUGCUCCAUCUUCAACCUGCCCAGCUGUGCCCUUCACUGUCUUUCCCCGCUGCUGGCCUGGAUCUUUCUCAAGGCCGGCUUCGCUCAACAGGGUGCCAAGCAGAAGCAGCUGCUGAGAGAGAACAAUGCCUUUAAUGUGUCGUCCUUUGUGCUGCGCGCUAUGAUGAGCGGACAGUACUGGCCCGAGGGGGACGAGGUGUACCACGCUGAAAUCACAGUGCCCAUCCUGCUGGUUCAUGGCAUCCACGACAAGUUUGUGCCCAUUGAAGAAGAUCAGCGCAUGGCAGAGAUCCUGCCAAUGGCCUUCUUGAAAUUGCUGGAGGACGGCAGUCACAUGGUCAUGAUGGAGUGUCCCGAGGCUGUCAACACACUCCUGCUUGAGUUUUUGCUCUGGGAGCCCGCCGCCACUCCGCUGCCAACAAAAGAGUCCAAAAAACGUCCAGAGACUGCCAAAGCCCUUUCCAACAACGCUAAAGCGUCGCCUGAGCCGGCCAAGGCCCGGCCCGCGACUGCCAGGCAAACCUCAAACUGUGGCGCAGAGGAGACGCCAGGCAGCAAGGCCAUAAAAUGACUGAAGAUUAAAGCUGAAACCUCCCGUGAUUGUUGCACUAAAUCACGGCUGGCUUUGCACUCUGUAAGUCCCGGGAAACCGAGAUGCUUGGAGCUGCUGAAGCUGGUGACGAGCCAAAAGAGCAGACUUACCUGAAACGGUCCAGCGAGAGUUAGACUUAAUAGAGGUGGAACACAAGAGAGGCUUCAAAUGUGAUGAAGGACAGAGGAUAAGGAGCUUCAAUCAGGGUGGUCAGCACACUUGACCUUGUCCCACACCGAGCAAGGACGAUUUGGUUGUGCCUUGAAGGUGAAUGCGGUGAUGAUGAUGAUGAUGAUGAUAAUGAUGCCAGAGGUUAAGCGAACAAGAAGUGCAAAUAGGAACACGCACGAGUAAAAGCACAGAACAGUCGUGGAGCAGAAAGAGUGGUCAAAGCUGACCUGUGUGGACAACUCCCAAAGUAUCACAGACGACACAGAGGUACAUUUUUCUAAAAUAAUGCUCAGUCUGAUAUUUGGUCCUUAAAUAUAGAAAAGCAAUGUAAGGCAAUUGGUCGCUAUGAUGCAUCUUUCGAGCUGCAGCAGAACCAGAACCUCAUCAAACUUUGUUUGAUCAGUGUGUGUAUGAUUUUUGUUACUUCAUCAGCCUCAUAUCUGAGGAAGUGUUUAAGUUGAGGGCUAAGAUUUGAAUUGUGGUUAGAUUGAGGUUACAGUUUGGUUAGGUUUUCUGUGUGUGUGUGUGUGUGUGUGUGUGUGUGUGUGUGUGUGUGUGUGCGCAUGUUUUGGGUUGAGGUGGUAAAUUGCACAUUAUAUAUAUGCAUAUUAAAUCAACUAUAAACCCUUGUUUUGUCAGACAUUUUGAAUGUCUGUGCCCUCUAAUGUGAAAAUGACAAUCAACUGAAAACUUGAACUGCCAUGUCCUUUUUCUUUCAGAGUAAACAGGGACUUUACCCAUAUUUUGACACAUCCCAGUAUUGUUGAGUUUAAAGUCAUGAUAACACUGAACGAUGUGUUCAGUGCAUCUACAUUCAUGACUACAACUCUGUGUUACUGUGAACAUCUGUGCUGUAAAUCUAGCAAGCAGUCGUCCAGCUGUAGGAAGCUGUGAAACCCCCUGUGACUUUUUUUCCACCACUAAAAUCUUUACAUCUCUUCUUUACAUUCAUGUUCAAAUGUGUAUCACAUUCAUGUAACUUCUGGUCCUUUAACAUAGAACAGUCACAGGUUUGAUUUGUACAAGGUGUGGAUGAAGCCGAGAUUCUGCAUAUUGAUAUUUUUUUAUACAAAGAAUAUACUUUUUAUAUGUUGUGCUUAGAUUUGUGAUGGAUAUUUAAGAGUUUUACAGGGUACUUUAGCAGGAGGUUGUCAGUGAUGCAGCUCUGUUCAGAGAAAUGGAACGGCUUAUGGCUGUUUUUAAAGCGGUUACAUUUUAUAUCUUGUGUCUUUGCCUUUGACAGCGAUGUUAUAAAUAAACAGCUGAUGUUUGAAAGUCAA